GCUAUAUAAGCAAUCAUCAGGCAGAUUGUUCAACAUCAGCCCUGCAGACCUUCAUCCAGCCUCCAGGAAUCAUACCAUCUCUUCAGCAGCCAUGAGUCCACUGCUCGUCCUGCUGGGAGCCACGCUCUGCGCCCUGACGAUGUCUAGUGAAGUAGUGCCUCAGGCAGACUUCAACUUACAGGGGAUAGCAGGGAAGUGGUACCUUAUCGGAUUUGCAACCAACGCCCAGUGGUUCGUGAAACGCAAAGCUACAAUGAAAAUGGGCACUGCCAUGCUAAACCCAACUGCAGAGGGAGACUUGGAUAUUUCAUACGCCAGUCUCAGCUCUGAUGGUUCUUGCUGGAGAAAGAACAGCCUGGCCAAGAAGACAGACACGCCUGGGAGGUUUACAUACACUUGUCAGCGUUGGGGGAGUGAGAACGACAUGCGUGUGGUGGAUGUCAACUAUGAACAGUAUGCACUGAUCUACACCACAAAAAAGAAGGCUGGAGAGCUCACCACUGUCACCAAACUUUACGGCCGUGAAGAGGAAGUUGGAGCUGAGGUGAUGGAGAAAUUCAGACAGAUGUCCUUGGAGGCCGGCGCUCUGCCUGAAAACAUUGUUUUCCUUCCUAAACAACCUGAGUGCCCAGCUGCCUAAUUUUCCUUCUCCGCUCAUCAUGUCAGAGAUGCAAGCUGCAGAUCGUCAGCAUUACUGUGGAAAGAUUCAUCCAGCAUAUCUACUUGCAUAAAAAUCUUCAACCACUCUGCUUUUCCAUUUACCUUUGCACAAACUUUGAACUCUGCUGGCAAAA